UCGUCAUAACUUGAGACUUUGAGACUCAGUUUUAGGGUGGAGCUCCCUUUAAGUGACAGAUAUAUGCAACAACAUUUCACCGUACACCUGCCUCAGUCAGCACCACGGACAGCGACCGUGCCCAGCUCUCCGCAGACCGCGAACAACGGCGCCGUCACCUCCUGCACACUGAUGGUAGCCUGCAUACACAGCGGGGCCGGAGGGGCAGGGCAUGCUCAUUUUGUAAUGACUACCAGCUAAUACAGCAUGAUCUACGAUUAUGUUACUGCGGCACUGACGGUUAAACAGUAGAGGGCAAGAUGCUGGAUAUCCUAUAGUAAACCCCCCCCCCGCUUUUAUUUUAGUUUCUCUCAGCCACCGGAAAGAUCCCUUUAUUUUGAUCAACAUGCCUCCGUCGACUCGUCUCGGGCUUUUCUUCGGGUGGAGUGGCUCUAAAUGGUAACAGAUGUAGCGCGCGUCUCACAAGUAGGGUCUCUGCAGAGCAAGGUAGUGAAAUCUCUUCCUCUUCCUACUCCACGCCCUAUCAUUAUUAGGCUAUCAAUAGCUGCCCAGCACCAUGUCCCCUCUAGCAUCGGCUGCGACAGCGAGUGAAAGCAGCACGACCACCGUUUUCGAGGAGGACACCAGAGAGGAGCAAAGACCCCUGAAGCAAUCUCUGAGCAAGUCACUAUGUCGGGAGAGUUUUUGGAAAUGCCUGCUCCUGUCCAUUCUUAUGUAUGGCUGCAUGGGAGCGAUGGUUUGGUGUCAUGUCACCAAGGUGACCCGCCUCACCUUUGAUAAUGCCUUCAAAGGGAAAUCCAUGAUGUACCAUGACAGUCCCUGCUCUGAUGGCUAUAUCUACAUCCCUCUGGCCCUACUGGGCAUGCUCUAUUUAGUCUAUCUUGUGGAGUGCUGGCACUGUCAUGUGAAGAAUGAGCUGCAGCACAAAGUGGAUGUGGAGGGCAUCUAUGAGCGCAACCAAAGAAUGCAGCAAGCUAAACCCUGCAUCUGGUGGAAGGCCAUCAGCUAUCACUAUGUUCGCCGAACACGACAAGUCACGCGCUACCGCAAUGGAGACGCUUACACUAGCACCCAGGUUUACCAUGAACGUGUCAACACCCAUGUGGCAGAAGCUGAAUUUGACUACAAUCACUGUGGUGUCAAAGAUGUUUCAAAACAGCUGCUGGGCUUGGAGAAGUCUGCUCUUACGAAGAUGCGGUUCACCAAGUGCUUUAGUUUUGCCAACGUAGAGUCCGAGAAUUCCUACCUUACACAACGAGCAAGGUUUUUCACCGACAAUGAGGGUCUUGAUGAUUACAUGGAAGCCAGGGAGGGCAUGCACCUAAAAAACAUUGACCUGAAGGAGUACGUUAUUGUGCUGCCUGACCCAGAGCACCAGCCCUGGUAUCUGUCCCACUAUGUCUUCUGGUUUGCCUCAUUCCUCACUUUCUCCUGGCCUCUCAGAGUCUUUACAGAGUAUCACACUGCAUAUGUCCACUAUCGUGUUGAGAAGCUCUUUGGGCACGAUUACCUCCCUGUGACCCCAUGUGAGGAUCGGCCAUAUUGCCGUCGUAUCCCUCGUGUUAACACCAUUGACAGUACAGAGUUGGAAUGGCACAUUCGGUCCAACCAGCAACUGGUGCCCAGUUACUCAGAGGCUGGCCUGAUGGACCUGGCCCAGUGCCCGACCAGCUUCAGUGGGAUACGUCAGAAUUGUGAGCGCUGCCACAGAGCCAUCAGCUGCUCCUCAGUGUUCUCCAGAAGCGCCCUCAGUAUCUGUACUGGUGCCAGCUCCCGCAUCCCCUUCAGCGGCAGUCGCUUCUCCUUGGCGCGGCGCUACGGCUCCCAGCGCAGCUGCUUCUGGAGGAGCGGCAGCUUGGAUGACCCAGAGAGUCCCAGCGAAAACACCCGCUGUCUAUCAGAGCGCCUCAACACAGAUGAUGAGGAGCCCCCAGAAUAUGAUGAUGCACUUUGCUACCCAGUGCUCAUUGUCCACUGUAGCGAGAAUUGCCACAACCACAGGUCUUUCCACAGGAAUAGCUCCUGUGUGGAGACUUCCUUGUGACUAUGCAGUCACUGACAAAACACAGUGGCAUUCCUGUAGCAUACAAACACUGCAGACACAGAGACAGAGUGUGUAAACAAGUCUUAAUGUGAGAUACACAGAUUCAUGCUGUAUUGUCAUGCUAUCUUAAACAAAUGCCUGAAUCCUGAAUGUGAAUGUGUGAAUCACCAAAGCAAUAACAGUGAUUAGUGAGUGCAGAACAAAGCGAUGGUGGUAUGUGAACCUACUAGGAUACACACACAUGGUAAAAUGAUAUGCCUGGCUUCCAAUGAAAACCAAGCAGACAAAGACUGUUACACUGUACAUGAUUGCCAUAGCUUUUAAGGUCUCGUAUGUGCUGUACGUAUGAAACUGAAGCUGCAGUUACCUCAUAAGACCUUUUCAGAGGCCACGGACAAGAUGGGCAUGUUUAAACAUCUCAUUCCUUUAGUAAAAUCUCAGUAACACAAAAACAUCACAGCUGACCAGUCAGAUAAAUACAGCAAUAACUGUAAAA